AUGCAUACACUGGUGUAGGAUAGAUAGUCAGAUUUGAUUGCUAGAAAGCACCAGCUGUCCACUGGAUGCGACGGGAUACAUCCUGGCGGCUAUAGAGACCAGAGUUGAAUGCAUAUAUGCACUGAGGUGCUGGAAGGGUAUAAACCAUCGAGGACGGCGGGUAUAAUAAUAGGGGUACAUUCCUGCCGUAACAGUGAUGGAGGCGUGGAGGCUGGGCAACGAACAAGGUUGACGCGCAAAAAAAAACACAAAACACAUACCUCUGGAUCCGCAGCUUAGAGAACGACACCCGCUAUCCCUCCAGUCCACCUCAACCGUGCUCGAUACCAUUAACCUCCAGUAAAAUGUCGAACCUUAUUCCAAUCACUAUACCCCUGCAAAAGUUCAGAGGUCAUGGAGACUGCGUAAUGGCAGUCGCAAUGUUCCCCGAUAACCAACGGAUGGUUACGAGCUCAUGGGACAAGACACUUCUGUUGUGGGACUUGAAGAGAGGUGUUGUGUUGAAGAAGAUGGAGGGGCAUUGCAGUGAGGUGGGGGGAUUGGCGGUAUCGCGAGAUGGGCAAUUGAUAGCAAGCGGUGAUCUCAAGGGAGAGGUCAUCGUCUGGCAUGGAGAAACUGGUGAAUCACUCAUCAAAAUCGAAGCACAUUCCAAUUGGAUCACCUCACUGGAUUUUUCUCCCGAUGGAACAGUGCUGGCCAUUAGUGCAUAUGACAAAACCACGAAGCUGUGGAACACCGAAACCUGGCAGCAGCAAGGAAAUCCAAUCGAGUGUGGUAGUGAUAUCAAAUGUGCACGGUAUUCACCGUCCGGAGAACUUCUUGCCAUCGCAACAAACCAUCAUAUCGAGGUUUACAAUUCAGACACAAGGAGACGCGUCGCAAAGUUCACGGGUCACGCAAAAUACAACUCUUCACUCGCAUGGACACCUGAUGGCACACGCCUUCUCACAGGCGGCGGCGAUUCUACCAUACGUGAAUGGGAUACAACAACCUGGAAACAGGUUGGUGAUCCCUGGACGGGCCACUUUGACUAUAUCAAUGCCAUUACCAUUAAUCCCACUGGUUCACUAAUCGCUUCCGCAUCUGAUGAUAAUCAUGUCCAUCUCUGGCGGCUUUCAGAUCGACAAACCAUUGCCACCUUCAAGCUCUCAUUUGCACUGAAAUGUGUCAUCUUCACCGUGGACGGCAACUACAUCCUUAGCGGAGGUAGCGAUAACAUGAUCUCAGAGUGGGCAGUCACGACAGUCCGCGAGGCGUGCAUAAAUGGAGAUUUUUCUACUGCCGAAGAACUACUCACACAAGAUAUCAACACUGAUCCGAACAACCAUACUUUCUACGCCCAUCGUUCAUUCGUUAUGGCGCGAAAAUACGACUGGGACCGUGCCCUUCAGGAUGCAAUCAAGUCCAUCAGCAUUCAGCCCUCAUUGUCAGGCUAUAUUUCCAAGAGCAUCGCCCUCUGCGGAACAGGCCUUAUCCGGAGCGCGAGGGCAGCAUUUGAUGUUGCAUCAAUGUACACGGACAAAGAUUCACAUAUGUAUUCACGAACCAUGCACUUCCUGCUCUUGAUCAAGGUCAUUGCACUCUUCAAUGCAGAUCAACAUGACGAAGCAAACCUGCUCCUCAAAGAACUCACUACCGGAUGUCCGAAUCCUGAUACUCGUGCAUGUCAUAUCGUGGAGGCAUAUCUACGCAUUCAACUCGGACUCAAAGCCUUGGAUAGCGCACGUCACGACGAAGCUACUGAGCAUUUUACUGCUGCUCUCAACUACAACGCUAUGCCAUCGAAAUUGGACAUCCAUGAAAUUUACGAGGAUUUGGUGGUGCUCUUCGGCUGGGACAUGGAGUCCUCGUGGCAAAAGGCACACCAGAAACGGUGUGAUGCACUUUUUCAGGCAGGCAGACUUCAAGAUGCCGUAAAAUCAUACAGAUACAUGAUGGACAACAUCGACAAAACAACGAAGGCCAGCUGCCUUGAAUGGUCCAACGGCAACGCGCUAUUUCUUACCAAAGGAGAUACUGCCCUCGCUGCAGGCGAUUUUAACAGGGCUAUUGACCUCUACUCGGCGGUGACCGACCUAACUUCUCCAUCAUAUGUUGUCUUUGAAAAGCGUAGUCAGGCAAAGUUGGGAAAGAUGCUGUGGAUGGAAGCACUUCUCGAUGCGCAGAAGGUCAUCCAACUCAACCCUUCGUCUCAUAUUGGAUACAAGUUGAAGCACGCAGCAUUUCAUGGCGCCCAACGCUAUGAUGAAGCUAUUUCGGCCUUCGAAACGAUGCUUUCAAAAUUGGAUGAUGCUCCUGACACCGAGACACGAAAGUUGCGCCAGCAGUAUCUCAGUCCAUAUGAAGUGGACCGUGCUAUUCGAAAGGUCAUCGAUGCUCAACUUGACAAUGCUCCGCUGCGCGUGCUCGACACCACCACCGGUCUCUUAUGCGAUCGAGAGGCGCAGAUACGCAUCUUCAAGUCGAGCACAGAGUAUAUGGAGCUCUUGUCUUCGACAAUCACGCAUAGAGAUAUCCAAGUGAAGCGCAUUGAAGAGGUGGUGAUGCCAUGCUUCCAAUACGUCAUGCUAUCGCAUAGGUGGGAAGGUCAGGAGCCGCUGCUGCAGGAUGUCCAGGGCAAGAUCGUUUAUAAGUUGGAUCCGGUUGGCGGCAUCGCGAAAUUGCAGUCUUUCUGCAAAACUGUUCGUGAUUUGGGGCAUCGCUGGGCAUGGAGCGACACAUGCUGCAUCGAUAAGAGCAACAAUGCUGAGCUCCAAGAAUCGGUCAACUCCAUGUUCGGCUGGUAUCGCCACUCCACGCUCACUGUCAUAUACCUCUCGGAUGUUCCGCUGUCAUCAAAGCCUGGCGCGCUGGCAAAGAGCGCUUGGAACACACGGGGAUGGACGGUUCAAGAAUUCCUCGCUCCAGAAGUCAUUCUAUUUUACCAGAAGGAUUGGACUCCUUAUGUCGGCGAUCGCACUCCCAACCACAAGGAGUCCGUCGCGAUCAUGCAGGAGUUGGAGGAUGCGACGGGCAUAGAUCGACGAGCCAUCGUGGCCUUCUGUCCCGGAAUGAGAGACGCCCGAGAGAAACUUCAGUGGGCGUCGACACGCAUUACCACAGUGCAAGAAGACAUCGCAUACUCGUUAUUCGGCAUCUUCGGCAUCACCCUACCUGUCAUUUAUGGCGAGAAAAAGCAGAACGCACUUGGGCGGCUCCUGCAGGAAAUCAUAUCUCAGUCGGGGGAUAUUACUGCCCUAGACUGGGUAGGAAAGGCAUCAGAUUUCAAUAGCUGUCUACCCGCCGACAUCACUUCAUACAAAGCUCCACCAUGCAGACUGCCAUCAAUAUCCGAAGAAGAGAUUCAGUCAUCGGUCUCCUCGCUGCGAGGUGUUGUGGCUCUGGAGUCGGCUUCGGAAUUAUAUCAGAGAUUGGACUACCUGGGCGCUCCCCGUUUCGCGUACCACCGGUUGCAUCUGCCUUGCAUCGUAUUCCCAGUGACAGAAGCCAGGCGGAGGUCAGGUCAAGACCAGGACACAUACACGUAUGAACUCAAAUCGGACGGCCUUCGCAACCUGCAGAUCGCCACAAAAGACAGGUUCACCCCGUUCUCGCCGGCUAGACCGUCUCCCUCGUGGCAGACGAUGUUACUCGUUCGCCCAUGGAGUCGCGAUCUCCUCGGGCUGCGUGACACUGCGGACGAUACACAAAGCGUGGACAAUUUGUCCGUGUCCGAAUCUUUGUGGCACGAUUCACUCCCUGCUCGAACUGGGCCAAUUUAUUGGGAUUCCCACUCGCGAGCAUUGCGAUUGAUCGUUCGCCUUGGACAGCCUUUUAGUGCAUUUUUGCUAGCGCGGCAGCGCGACGGAGAAUUCAAGAGGAUCGCAUCGGAUCGUGAUAUCAUUGCACGGGUUAAAGACAUGGCUUCUAUUAGCUACUUGAUGGACAUCAGGACUUUAGAGGUACUGUAG